AUGGCGAGCCCUUCUUCUUCCUCUGGCUCCUCCAACCCCUUCGCCAUGGGCGCCGUCGCCAUCAACGCCUCCACCGCCCAGCUCAUCAGCAUCAAGUCCCAUGUUCCGGUCGUUCUUGAUCUCGUCGCUGCCAACUACGGCACCUGGCGCACGUUCUUCACCAACACCCUCAAGAAGUUCGGUCUUCUGGAUCAUGUCGAUGGCUCCGUCGACGCGCAGCUGCAAGUCUUCGAUCCGGAGUGGACCCAGAUCGACACAUGUGUCGUUUCCUGGAUCUACGCCACACUCUCCGAUGACCUGCUCUCCGCCGUGAUCCAGCCCGACGACACCGCCCACUCCGUCUGGUCUGCCAUCGCCACUCAGUUCCUCGACAACGUGGUCCAGCGUACAUCGCAGGCCCGCCAACAACUCCACGCCCUCAGCCAGGGCGACAUGAACGUCGUCGACUACUGUGUUCAGAUCAAGCGCCAGGGCGACAUCUUGCGCGACCUUGGCUCCCCUCUCACCGACCAGGAACUCGUCAUCACCCUCCUUGGCGGCCUCAGCGACAAGCUCGCUCACUGCGCGCCAACGAUCUCGGCGUCCGGCAUGCGGUUUCUUCAAGCCCGCUCCUUUCUCCACCAAGAGGAGAUCUGGAUUGCCGAUCGUGCUCGCAAGGUCACCUCCACCGCUCUUCUUGCCGCAUCCCGCUCCUCCAACGCAUCUGGCAACGUACCUGCCACGGGAUCUGCGGCGCCUCCUCCGGUCUCCAACAACACCACCGUCAAUAGCGGCGGGGAACGCUCCCGCAAGCGCAAGAAGCAAUCCACCCGCACUGGCGGUGUCUCCAACACUCCUACCCCAACCCUCCGGCGCCGCGCGGCGGCCACGUGCCGUCCUAGGUGA